AGAACAGGACCAGAGUUACGGAUUAAGCGCUUCUCCUCUGAAAAAGGAAGUAGACGAAACGGAGAUCAUCUGCACGACCCCCACCCCACCAACCACCCCCCCCCAAAAAAAGUUUAACAGCUAGUCACACGUCUCCAAACGGACUUUUUGGACAUGUAUUUUGGCGCAUGUUUGAUUUUACUGGUGACUCUGGAACCGUGUGCGUUUUGGGGCUUCCUCCGGAGGUCUUUAAGGGAAUGAGCCCUACCAGAACAUUUACAAUGCUGUGACUGAUUUUGGAAUUGAGUUUGUGGGUUUUUUCUUUUAAAAAAGUUUCGGGAAAAGCCACCGCCUCGGUGGCCGAAGUGGUUGCAGUCAGAAUCUUGGAAAAAAAAAAACAAAGAAGACGGAUUUAACGGUUCCCUUUUAACGCAGAUUGCGUAAAACUGGAUCAUGUGCAUGGGGGAAAGUGGAGCGUAAGGGGGACAUGCGGAAUAAAAACGGCGUCUAGGAGGAUGCUGCCACAAUGGAAGUAAAGAACUUUCGUCUCGUUGCUGCGGUGGUUUGUCUUUCCUUCUGCUCCGUUUUCGGCCAAGAACUCAACCCUAAAGGCAGGAAUGUUUGCAAAGCGCCUGGGUUAUCAGGACUGGUGUGCUGCAGUGGAUGGGGGCAGAUUGGGGACGAAUGCCUGACCCCGCUCUGCGAGGGCAACUUCACCUGCAAGGAGAAUGAGGUGUGUGUCAGGCCCAAUGAGUGUCGCUGUCGCCAUGGAUACUUUGGAGCCAGCUGUGACACCAAGUGCCCAUCCCAGUUCUGGGGGCCGGACUGCAAGGGCAAGUGUCACUGUCACCCCAACGGUCAGUGCGACGACCUGACCGGCGAGUGCACCUGCAACCACAACCGCUGGGGCCCCAACUGCGAGAACGCGUGCCUGUGCCAGAAGGGCAAGUGCGACCAGGGCUCGGGGAAGUGCACGUGCCACCCGGGGGCCUGGGGCCCGCAGUGCAACAACAACUGCUACUGCAGCCUGAACUCGGCCUGCGACCCGAUGACCGGCCGGUGCCAGUGCAGCCCCGGCUGGACGGGCAGGAACUGCGCCAUCCAGUGCAACUGCAACAGCUCGCCGUGCGACCAGUUCACGGGGCGCUGCCAGUGCCGCGAGAGGCUGUGGGGGCCCCGCUGCGAGCGCUACUGCCAGUGCAACCACGGCAAGUGCAACCAGGCCGACGGCUCGUGCACGUGCACGCCGGGAUACCGCGGGAAGUACUGCCGGGAGCCGUGUCCGGCCGGAUUCUACGGGCAAAACUGCAGAAACAGAUGCGGGCACUGCAAAGGCCAGCAGCCCUGUAAGGUGACGGAGGGGCGCUGCAUCACCUGCGACCGCGGCUGGAACGGGACGCGCUGCGACCAGCUCUGCACCAAGGGCUUCUUCGGCGAGAACUGCCAGGAAGUGUGCCCCGCCUGUAAGGACGGCCACCACUGCGACCCCAUCCACGGCAAGUGCUCGCACUGUAACCCGGGCUGGAUCGGGGACAGGUGUGAGGUGCGCUGCCCUAACGGCACCUACGGGGAAAACUGCGAGAACAACUGCAGUCACUGUUUUAACGGCGUCUGUCACGGGGCCACCGGAGAGUGCCUGUGCGACCCGGGCUUUUAUGGCACUUAUUGCAACAUGACCUGUCAGCCCGGUCAACACGGCAUCAACUGCAACCAGACCUGCUCCUGCCACGACAAGAACUGCGACCCGGUGUCGGGCGCCUGCCACCUCCAGCCCAACCAGCGGAUGGGUGUGAUCGCAGCUGGUUCCCUGGUCUCCUUUUUAUUGAUCGUCCUCCUGUCUCUGCUGUGCUGCUGCUGCCUCUGUCGACACAAGGACAACCACAACAAAAAGGCCAAGCGGAUCCUGUGUGGACGAUUCAGCCGAAUCAGCACAAAACUUCCCCGUAUUCCACUGAGGCGACAGAAACUGCCCAAAGUAGUUGUUGCCCACCACGACCCGGAGAACACCUUCAACUGCAGCUUCAUCGAGCCCCCGUCCGUGGCCGAGCAGCCCUCCCCCUCCUCCUGGUCAUCCCAAGAGUCCUUCUCCUCGUUUGAGAGCGGGGACGAGGGGCCGGUUUACAGUGUCCCGCACGAAGAGUCUUUGAGCGAAAGCAAAGAAAAGCCGAGCCCCAGCCCUGUCGCGGAACAGUGCGAGGACGACCAGAGCGAGGAAGCCGCGGGGCAGUACACCACGCUGAAGGACACCUGCGUCCUCCGGCCGGACAAGUCCUCCGACAGCGAGGGCUCCAACAGCGGGUCCGAGUCCACGCCGGCUCUAAUCCGGCAGUACGCCUGCAUCAACCGCCUCUCCAAGCAGUCCAAGGAGGACGAGGGCAGCGGGAAGGACGGGGACGGGACUCUAACACCGGAAGCCAAACGCAACGGAAAGCCCCCGCCUUCACCCGGAAAGCCCAAGCCCCGCCCGCCGGACCCGUCCACGAAGCCCAAAGUGUCCUGGAUCCACGGUAACACGACAGGGCCGGAGCAGCAGGGUGGGUUUAAGGUGCCCGCGUCCUCCAAGGAGAAAAACCGGAGCUCCAGCGAGAGCUCUUCGAGAAGCGAGGAGCGGCAGAAAAUGAAGGAAAGGAGUCGGGAGCAGCAGAAAAAACAGGAGGCUAAAGACACGGACGCCAACGGAUCCCCGAACAAACACAAACCUCUGCGAGGUAAGAAGUCCGGGGACGAUCGCGGCAGCCCGAGUCACAUGGAGCACUUCAACGGCGUGGUCCAGAGCGCCCUGAAGAAGAUCAGCGGCUUCCACAGCUCCUCGCCGGAGAAGAAAAGCGCCGACAAUCCGAAACAGGCCGCCAAGGAGCCGCCCAAGAGCCCCAAAGUCAUCCACCCGCACAUGAACUCUGAGGCGGCCACGCUGCUAGCCGCUCAGCUCAAGGAGAAAACCCAGAGCAUCAACAGAAACGAAGGGACGGGACUGACCAAGACUAACGGUCUGUCCCCAACUAAAGGAGGCCGGGAGAAGCCCACGCCCCCGCAGAAGGCCAAGAGGACGGCCUCAAGUGGACCUAACCAGAACCAGCAGGGCGCCACCAAACCGCUGCUGCCCACGUCCAGCUCCCUCCAGAAAAUGGUGGCGCCGGUCGCCGACAGCAUGGGCAACCCCGAGUCCAAGAGCCCGGAGAAGCAGGACUUGAACGGCUCCCGGACAGGGGACCUGUCGGACGCCACGCCCAAGAAGACGCCCAUAAAAAAGCCGCCCAGGAAGAAAGGCAAGGAGGGUACGUCGGAUACGCCCGAAAACAAAACUCCCCAACCAAAGACAGCCAUUAUGCCUCCACAGGUAGUGAAGUAAGUGUUUUUUUUUCAUUUGUUUUUGUUGUUGUUUUUUUUACAACAGAUUGCACACAGUUCGGAAUAGAU